UUUCUCACAGAAAACUAAAGCUCCCUCAUACAGCAAAGCAUCUAACAUCAUUCCGUGCAAUUCUUUUGAAUUUUUUUUAUACACGUGUCAUGAGAAUGUCUAGGAUUUGAAAUUAAAAUCCAUGAUAAUCUUAUUAAGCAGGGGAAUUCUUGUUUCUUGGGUUCUCUGCUGGAAAAUAUGAAAUCAAGAGAGGAAUUGAGGUUCAUACCACAGAGAGGUGAUGAUAAAUCACCCCUGCUAUCUGAAAACGAUUUAUCUACUGGUUCAAUUCAGCUCUCCAUUCUCAAGCUGGACAGUACAUCAUUUAAUGUAAGAGUUAGCACCAGAGCUUCUGUUCAUGAACUGAAGAAUGCUGUUCAGACGGAGUUUGGUGUAUCUCAAAAUGAAGAACAAGGCAAGAUUCCCUGGGGUAUUGUGUGGGGGAACUUUUGCUUGACGUACCAGUCUCAUAAACUUGUUGAUGACAGCAUCUUGUUGAGCAGUUUUGGCAUCAAAGAUAGUGACCAGCUUUGUUUUGUAAGACACAAUUCACCUGUGAAGGAAGGGGAUAAACUUUCUCCAAGAAAGCAUGUCAAACUUCCACCAUUCAGGAAAAAGUCUUCUGAUAGGCCAAAGGUUACCAGAAGUGGGACAUUUACCCAAAUUGAGGUCCAGUGGACGCAAGUCUUAAAAACAUGGCUUUCUUAUUCAAAAGUCUGGAUUACGCGUAUGAAGCCAGAUUGGAAGCAUCUGCAUCUAAAACAAUGAUAUCAGGUGACUGAGAUGUUCAGUUAAGUAAUUUACUGGUACUCAUGAAGGGUUGUUGAAAAUCUACUCCAGUUCAACCCAGGAGUGCUUUGUGGUAGAAUGAUCAUAUACAUUUAAACCAUAUUGUCUUGUAGUAAGCUCGAUUGUCAAUUGAUAAAAUUCACAUGACAGGAUGUUUCACUUUAUUGGCAAAAGUGAUUAGAUGUUUUAGGCAAUUGUGAAUUUAUUAUGUGUUGUAACUAGAUGUACAGAAGAAUUCAUUGUGGAUGCUAAAAUUGUCAAAGCUUUAUAUCUUGACACAGUUAAUUACUGUUGCAACAGAGAUCUUAUAUUCAACACCUUACUUGUUUGUUA